GGGUGAUCCUCAUGCUAUAUAAACUCCCACCCUGAGCCUGCUCCCAUCACUCUGGGCUGGGAAUAGCUGGAUGGUAAUCCGAAGAUGAAGUUCCUUUUUGUGGUUGCCUUUGCACUCUUUGUGCUCUCUACCUUUGACGAGGCUGAAUCAUCAGCUUAUGACAAAAUCGUUGCCCAUAGUCGCAUCAGAGCAAGAAAAGAAGGACCCAAUGUGUGCGCGCUCCAGCAAGUCAUGGGGACCAAGAAGAAAUACUUUAGCACAUGUCGUAAUUGGUACCGAGGGGCCAUCUGUGGAAAGAAAGCGACUGUGCUUUAUGAGUGCUGCCCAGGCUACAUGAAACUGGAUGGCAUGCGUGGUUGCCCUGCAGUGGCCCCCAUUGACAAUGUUUAUAACACUUUGGGUCUGGUGAAGGCAACUGUCACCAAAAAUUACUCAGACCUUUCUAAGCUGAGGCCUGAGAUAGAAGGACCUGGAUCCUACACCUUCUUUGCCCCCAGCAAUGAGGCCUGGGACCUUUUGGAGGAUUCAGUUAGGAACGCAUUGGUCAGCAACGUCAACCUUGAAAUGUACAACGCUCUUCAAUACCACAUGGCCAACAAACGACUCUUGACCAAAGAUUUGAGGAAUGGCAUGACCGUCACCUCCAUGUACAGUGACCUGGGCCUCCACGUCAACCACUACCCCAAUGGAGUGGUGACUGUCAACUGUGCCAGGAUUAUCUAUGGCAAUCAGGUUGCCACCAAUGGAGUGGUGCACGUGAUUGACCGUGUCGUCAGUGCGGUUGGAAGAACCAUCCAGGAUGCUGUUGAGGUUGAGGAUGACCUCUCAACCUUCAGUGAAGUUGCUCUUGCUAGUGGUUUACUGGAAAAAUUGGGUCAGCCAGGACACUACACGCUCUUUGCCCCCACAAACGAAGCCUUUGAGAAGUUGGGCUCCGGUGUGCUGGAGAGACUUCAGAGCGACAAGGAAGUACUUCAAGCCUUCGUGAAUUUCCACUUGCUGGGCUCCGUGCAGUGUUCUGAGGCCAUCAUGUCUGGCAGCUCUUAUGAGACUCUGGAGGGUAACAGCAUUGAGAUCGGCUGUGAUGGCGACAGUCUCACAGUUAACGGCAUCAAAAUGGUGCGCAAGAAGGACAUCGUCACCACCAACGGUGUCAUCCACCUUAUUGACCAAGUUCUCAUGCCUGACUCAGCUAAACAGGUGAUGGAGCUCUUGGGAAGCUCUCAGUCGACUUUUACUGACAUGGUGUCAGAUAUGGGCCUGAGUGCUGAGAUGCAGCCAGAGACUGACUACACUUUACUAGCUCCUCUCAAUGCCGCCUUCAGUGAUAAAGUAAUGUCCAUGGAUCAGAGGUUGCUCAGGAUUAUCUUGCAGAACCACAUCUUGAAGAAAAAAAUCAUGUUGGGACAGCUGUACAAUGGCCAACGGCUGGAAACCAUUGGAGGAAAACUUCUUCGGGUCUUUAUCUAUCGCACAGCUGUGUGCAUUGAGAAUUCCUGUCUGGUGAGAGGCAGUAAAGAAGGAAGCAAUGGUGCCGUUCAUCUUAUGAGGACUCUGAUGAAACCAGCAGAAAAAAAUAUGUUUGAGAUUCUGACAGAAGAUGGAGGUUUCAGGAUCUUUUUGUCUCUCAUGGAAGCUGCUGGCUUGACUGACUUGUUAGAACAGGAAGGAGACUUUACUUUGUUUGCCCCAAGCGACCAAGCUUUUGCAAGCCUGAGUGACAGCGACUUGAGCUUGUUGAAGAGUGACAUAAAUGCUCUCAGAACCAUCCUUCUGUAUCACAUCAGUAAUGGAGUCUUCAUUGGUGGUGGUUUGGAAACUGGAGUGACAAACCUCCUCAAGUCUCUUCAAGGAAGCAACAUCAAAGUGAUAUAUGCAAAUGACUCCAUGCUGGUGAAUUCUGUCAAAGUGCCUGACUCUGAUACCAUGGCCACAAAUGGAGUUAUUCACUUUGUCAACAGUCUCUUGUAUCCCGGAGAUAUCCCCGUUGGCAGCCAGAACCUUCUCACACUUUUGAAGCGGCUCAUCACUUACAUGCAGAUCAAGUACAUUUCAGGAUUCAGAUAUCAAGAAGUCCCCCUUACAUUUAUGACAAAAAGGUUUAUCCAACGAGAGCCCAUCAAGGUUACCAGGGUCAUUGAAGGGGAUCCAUCUGUCACCAAGGUUACCAGGGUCAUUGAAGGGGAUCCAUCUGUCACCAAGGUUACCCGGGUCAUUGAAGGGGAUCCAUCUUUCACAAAGGUCACCAGAGUGAUUGAAGGUGACCCUGUCUUCACCAAAGUCACCAGGGUAGUCUCAGGUCCUCAGUAUUCCAUCAGCAGGGGAACCACCAAUGUAAACCUUGAUGGAGCUGACUUUUCAAAAAUUACCACCAUUGAACCAAACCCAGAGCUCCUCAACCUCCCUACUGAAAAAAUUAGCAAAGUGAUCCAGGGAGGUAGCACAAGAAAAGUCCCCACCCGAAAGGUUACAGCUGGUAGGAGGAGGACAAGACUUGCUCAUGUUAAGGCCAAUCAGUGAGCAGGGACAGCUGGGAAUAUCAGCCUUGACACACCCAACCCAUUGGCUUUUAUCCUGAAGAUACAAAUAAAACCUCAGCACUGGUAAAUAUACUGUAAGACGUAUAACUGAGAAAUAAAACCUUUCUCUUAAACAAUUUAAUGGUGCUUUGAAUGUAUAUCUAACAUCGCCGUGCAAUGUCUCAGAAGAGUUUGUGUGUUUGACAUAUGUAAACUAUUCAAAUGAACUCUCUGUCAUGACUUUAGAGGCGCAGAAUCGGGGGGCGGGGUAGCAAUAAACUUUUUAAAAUCCAAGCCAUUAGAGUAGCAAUAAAAAGUUGUUCAUCCAAAACUCUUGUAUGCCUUUUCUCAAGGUUUAAAGAAGAUUUUGUGCUACUUGGGAAGAUUUCUUUGUAAAACUCAGCAUGAUAAACAUUGAAAAACUUGGAUGAUUUCCUUUCAGGCUUUAUCUGUAAUGUUGUUUAAUUUUGUUCAUGUGACUUUGCCAACCCUUGAAUCAUUUGAACCUGUUUAUGCAACUGUAGAUCUCUUAACUUUCUAUUUUCCACAUAUUUACCAAUAAAGUGCAUUCCUCUGUCUCA